AUGAACUUAAAAGUGAGGACGGGAACGGAAGUUGGCAUUCUCUGGCUGUUAAACUUAGCCGUGGUGGCAUGCACGGGCGAGAAGAGUUCAGGAACAUGUGGUUGGUGUCAGAAGUGGGAUGAUUUUUGGAGUGGUGGUUGUGGUAGUAGAUUGACUCACAUUCUUUUAACUUCCUUUAACAGAAUCAAACGGCGUCUGCGCACGGAGACGUCGGGCAGCAAAGGGCCCGUGGCCCUGCAGUGCUGGGAGCAUUUCGGCUCCACGAGCCCCCGCAGCCGCACCGUAGCCCCAGACGGGAGACUGAGCUGGGAGGCUGGGGGCGGGCCUGGGCAAGGCCUGAGAGCCACUCUCACGGCUGUGUUCCUGCCUCAUGGGUUCCCUGACAGUGUCAGCCCAGACUACCUGGUUUACCAGCUGUGGGACACAGUGCAGGCUUUUGCCUCCAGCCUCACAGGCUCCUUGGCGACCCAAGCUGUCCUUCAGGGGGUUGGGGUGGGGGAUGCAGCUGCUUCUGUCUCAACUGCCACCAUCACUCGGCUCUUAAAAGAUGGAACUGGCAUGCUGGGGCUAAUUGGUUUUGCCUGGUUGAUGGGGAGCAGACUGGAUUGUGAGGCCAAGAAAUGGAGGCUCUUUGCUGAUGUUCUCAAUGAUGCAGCCAUGUUCCUAGAGAUUGUGGCCCCAGCAUUCCCAUCCUGCUUUACCCUCAUUGUUUGUGUCAGCAGCUUGGCCAAGUGCGCUGUGGGAGUAGCAGGGGGAGCCACACUGGCAGCACUGACCAUGCAACAGGCCAGGGGAGACAACAUGGCUGAUGUUUCAGCCAAAGAUCUAGUGAACUUGGCAUGGCUUCUGGUCAGUCUUUUACUUCUUCCUCUGGUAUCUCAACGCCCGAGUCUCAGUCUUGCUGCCUUCUUCCUUUUCACUGUCCUCCAUCUCUAUGGCAACUUCGGAGCACUUCGGGCUGUCAUCAUGGAAACGUUCAAUGAAGCUCAACUUUACCUUGUCCUAAAGCAUUUCAUUCAAUGGGGAAAGGUCCUAAAGCCCCCAUUGGCCAAUCGUAUGGAACCACUGUGGACAGGCUGCCAUCUUGCCCUGACUCUGUCCCUGGGUGUACCCCUGCACAGCUUGGUCUCAAGUGCCUUUGAACUGGAACAGGUGAGUGAGAGAUACCAACAACCCUACCUCCUUCACUGGGACCAGUGCCAAGGCCAGAUACAGAUGACUUUGGGCCAGGAAGUAAGUUCUGGGGUCAUUCUGAGGGUAGCAACACAUGAACUUUUGCUGGCAGCACUGUUUGAGGGUAUACCCCUUACAGAAGAACUGGAGACCCUGAGGGGCCAAAUCAGGGCAGCCCCUGAAGGAGACAAUUGGACCAUUGUCAAAGAAACAUACCAGAUCCUAGAUAAUCUCUACCCCAAGUUCUUGAAAGAGCUACAGGCUGUAGGCUGGGAGACAGAGCACCAUAUAUUGGAGGUGGAAUGGCAAGCUACAUGGCCCCUGUUUGAGAAGAAGACUUUGUGA